GGAUCAAAAAGAGUUACAAUUAGAAAGUCCCCGAACCAUAAAGUUUCGUUAUUUAUCACGUUUACAUUAAAUGUUUUUCCGUCAAUCAUUAAACUUUUUAUAUAUUUUUCUUUCACAUUCCAUUGAAUGAGGCUGACCUUUAAUAGUGAUAAUCUUUUCUGAUGGAGAGCAAGACAGAUCUGCAAGACACCCCUGCGCGUCUUUAUAUGGAUUCACCAGGAAUCCAGUGGCGCUAUGGACUCCCUGAUUACUCUGUAGUUAACAAAAAGUUUUUAGCGGAAAGGACAAAAGUACACAAAGAAGGGUCGCUGGAAAAAGUGGUUGAGGAUUUAGUGAAAACAUGGGAGAUGGAAACAGGGAAUAAACUUGAUCCAAAAGACUGGGUAACAGUCGAUCAGGACAACUUCUUCGUCAGGGUGAAUGGUGGAGAAAAAUUCACCAAAGAUGAUUAUGUAAAAGAUGGUAACUACAACCUAAUGCUCCGUAACUGCCCACUCUAUGACGCCGGAAAGCACAGCUUUGAUUCUUCGCAGGAUCUGUUUAGAGGAGUUUUCAAGUCUGGGUUUGCAUGGGAGGUCCUUGACGUAUUCUCUGGCCCUCCAACAGUAGCCUUCACGUGGCGACACUGGGGAAACUUCGAAGGUCAAUACAAACAGACACCUGCAACAGGGGAAACUAUAGAAAUGUAUGGUUGUUGCGUUGCUAAGGUUACCGAUCAACUCAAAAUACAGUCGGUUGACGUAUAUUUCGAUCCAAACAUCAUGAUGGCAAAAUUUACCGGCUGUACUGGCGGGAAGAUAUGUCCUCUCUCACACUGAUGUAUUGUCUGGAGCCAAAAAAAAAAUAAAUGGGAGGCAUCAUAAUUGAUAUAGACAAAGAUUGAUCACAGAUGAAAACUGCAGUUUUAAUAUAUAUUUCAUUUGCAGCGUUUUUUAUAUGAUAAAUCUUAAUCAGAAAUUUAUCACUAUCAUUAAAAACUCUUAUCAAAUUGUAUAAUUAGCUUUAAAUUUAAAUCAUUGAAAAUCUAGAAAUGAAAACGAACUAAAUGAUUUAAAUCUUUGAAGAUAUUUAUAUUUUUCAAUAAAAGUAGGAAACUCUGACUAACUUGUAUAGAUAUACAU